AUGGCUCCAAACUAUUUUCAAAAGCCCGAGGCCGCUUUGAAGCGCGCCGAAGAACUCAUUCAAGUCGGCAAGGAGUCCGACGCGCUGGACACUCUUCACGACACCAUCAAAGCCAGACGACACAAACAAUGGACCACUGUUCACGAGCAAAUCAUGAUCAAGCACAUGGAAUUGUGUGUGGACCUGAAGAAGCAGCAUCUGGCGAAGGACGCCUUGUUCCAGUACAAAGCACUCACACAGCAGAUCAACGUAAAAUCCCUCGAGACCGUUGUCGAGCACUUCUUAAAACUCGCCGAGCAGCGUACCGAAGAUGCACAAAAGCAGUCUAUCGAGAAGGUGGAAGAAAUCGGGGACCUCGAUCAAGGAGACGUUCCAGAACGUCUUCUCCUCGCUGUAGUCUCUGGAGCAGCCGCUCAGGACCGUAUGGACCGCACAGUUUUAGCUCCAUGGCUCCGUUUCCUCUGGGAUUCCUACCGUAACUGCUUGGAAUUGCUCAGAAACAACGCCCAAGUCGAGCAGCUCUACCACACCAUCAGUCGGCACUCGUUCAGCUUCUGUUUGAGAUACCAACGGAGAACUGAGUUCCGUAAACUCUGCGAUCUUCUCAGAAUGCAUUUGAAUCAAAUUCAAAAGCAUCAGUAUGCGCCGAAUGUGAACUCGUUCCGUGUGAAACUCACCUCUCCAGAAUCUUUGACUCUUAUGCAAGACACCCGUCUUGUCCAGUUGGACACUGCUAUUCAGAUGGAGCUCUGGCAAGAAGCCUACAAAAGCGCUGAAGACGUCCACGGAAUGAUGCAGCUCUCCAAGGACAAAGAUAAGAGAACCGUGAAGCCAUCCAGCUACGUCAACUACUACGAUAAGCUGGCCCUUGUCUUCUGGAAGGCCGGAAAUCGUCUGUUCCACGCUGCCGCUCUUCUUCAGAAGUUCAUCAUCUACAAGGACAUGAAGAAAUCGUUCACACAGGAGGAGGCUCAAGAGCAAGCUACCCGCGUGCUUCUUGCCACUCUUUCCAUCCCAGAAGGAUCCGAUUUGCCAUCGGAUCUUUCCCGCAAUCUCGACAUCGAAGAGCAGCAUGUCGCCAACAUGAGACUUCUCUCCAACUUGCUCCGUCUUCCGAUUGCUCCAACGAAGGUUGGAAUCCUCAAGGAGGCUGCACGUAUCGGAGUACCAGAGGCUGCUGGACAAGUCGCCAAGGAUCUUUUCAAGCUUCUCGAAAGCAAUUUCUCUCCAUUGAGAGUUGCUAAAGAUGUACAAUCUGUUCUUGACACCAUCACCCGUCCAGAUCACUUACAAUACGUGGAAUCGCUUCAAGCAGUUGCUGCAGUCAAGGCGUUGAAGCAAGUUUCUGUGAUCUACGAGGCUAUCAGCUGGGAGAGAAUUCGCAAGAUCAUUCCAUUCUACCACGAUUUGGCUUUGGAGCGUCUUGUGGUGGAAGCUAGCAAGCACAGAAUCGUCAAGGCUCAACUCGACCAUCGUGCUGAUUGCGUUCGCUUCGGAUCUUCAGAUGCCACGUUGGCAGGAGGAGUCGACGAGUACGACAACAACGAAGGAUUCACCGGAGAUGACACUCAAUUGGGAGUUGAAGGCGUUCGUAAUCAUCUCGAGGCCAUGUACACCAGACUUCGCGUUCUUGUCGAAGGACUCGAUUCCGAGAAACGACGCAAGGAGAUCGUCAAAAAGAUCGAGAACCAUGUCACCAGUUACGAAAAGAAUCGUGUCACUGAAAUCGAGCGAAUCCACAGACGCAAGAAGAUGUUGGAGAACUACAAGGAGAACUGGGAGCGUGUCAAGGCUGAAAAGGCUGCAACUGCCGCUACCGAACAAGCUAAACGUGAGGAAGCGGCUAGAGCUGAGGAGAUGAAGCGUCUCGAUGAGCAGAACAAGGAAAGUGAGAGAAAGAGAAAGCAAGCUGAGCAAGAGGAGAUCCAGAAGAAGAUCAAGCGGGAUCAACUUCACAAAAUGCAACAGAACGUCAUCUACCAAGCCAUUAUCAAGGAGAAGGGACUCGAACAAUUCCGUGAUAUGGACCCAGAGCAAGUGCUUCGUGAGCAGAGAGAGCGUCUGGAUAAGGAGAGAGCCGAGACUCAACGCCGUUUGCAGCAACAGGAGAAGAAGUUCGACCAUCACAUCCGCGCUCUUCACUUGGAAGAGAUGAAUGAGCGUCGUGCGGUGAUGCACAUGAGAUUGAACGAGGCACCGAGGUUGCACGAGGAGUAUGAGAAUAAGAGAAUCGAGAAGGAGAUUGCCGCUCAUGAGAACCACGUCAAGCUCUGGUCCAUGUGGGAUCAAGUUCGCGAGGCCACUCUCGAUUGGGUCGAGACUGUCAAAGUUGAGAACCAAGAGAACCUCGAGAAGAAGAUCUCCGACUGGGAGGUUAAGCUGGAAGCUGUUCGUAACAGUCGUCUCGCUGAACGUGCUGAGAAGCGUAAGAAGGAGCGCAAGGAGGCAGCCAUGCAAGCUAAAAUCGCCGAGGAGCGUAAGCGUCGUGAAGAAGAAGAACGUGCUCGUCAAGCCGUCAUCGACAGUCAACGUCGUCCACACGGAGAACGUGGACAGCGUCGCGAGAUGGAGAACUCCGCAGCGAUGCAAGACAGCGAUUGGAGAAGAAAUGCACCACCACGUGAUUCCAUGCCUCAAAGAGAGCCUCGUCCGAUGCGUGAUGGACCACCUCGUGAGCCAUUCCGUGAGAUGCCUUCCUCCAAAGCUGACACCGACUCCUCCUGGAGAAGUUCCGCUCAGCCAACUCGUAAGCCUGAUGACCGCCGUAGUGAUGAUUUCCGUCGUGACGAUGGACCUCGCCGUAGUGAUGACCACCGUCGCAAUGACGAAUUCCGCCGCAGCGAUGACUUCCGCCGUAACGAUGACUUCCGUCGUGAUGGUCCACCUCGUCCGAUGUCCAAGGCUGAUACUGAUCAGAAGUGGGAGCGUGGAGCGGUCACGAAGACCGUAGUGUCGCCACCAAAGACCGAGAAUCAGCCAGCCCCCGCCGCCGAAGCACCAAAGGCUGACGGUCCACGCCGAUUCAUCCCACCAGCGCUUCGUAACAAGCCAGCCGGUGGCGGUGAUGAGCAACCAGCACCACAACGAGGAGCCAACGUGACGUCUCCACCGGAUCGUGCUCCAGGACUCCGUGGACCACCAGGACCAGGAGGUCGUGAUCUUCCACCAAGGGACCUGCCACCACGAGAUGGACCAAGGGACAUCCCUCGCCGUGAUGGACCUCGUCGUGACGGACCGAAUCGCAAUUCUGGAGCCAACAACGCUGGAAACGCAGAUAGUGCGAACUGGAGAAGAUAA